AUGAUCGGCAACGUGACGACCAUCGACUUCUGCCCCUUCGCGCCCUUCCAUUUCACCGCCACCAACUCCACCCGCGUGCGCCACCCACCCUCUCCCACCCGCUCCCCGUUCUCCGCGUACAGCGGGCAGUUCAGGGCGGAUGGCAAGCUGCUGGUGGUGGGCAGGGACAGGCAGGGGCAUCAUGUAGGUCAGACGGGCGCCGCUUUGGGGGAGGGGAAGUGGGAAGCACGGGAAGAAGGCGAUUGGGAAGAGGGGAGGGAGGGGAGGUCGGGGAGGGCAGUGGGUGGGUACGGUGAGAGGAUCUGA